AAGAUUGACAGAAGAAAAAAAAGUAAAACUAAUACCGAACGGCGAUGCGAUGCACCUCAAGUGUCGAGGCCUUAUUUUAAUUUAUUGAAUACCUUAACCCUAACCCUAAAAAAACAAACGAAAAAAAACAACAACAGAAAACGUUUUCCCCAGUAGCCACCGUACCUAGUACAAAGAAGUGGUUUUGUUUUUCUCUCCUGAGGUUUAAGAGACAAGCGUUCCGACAGCGAUUGAGUUGGGAUGGAGAGGGCAACGUUGAUGGAAAUCUCAGAGGACCUGUGUUCCGCUGAAGUGGCCGCCCUCUGCUUUUUGUGCCGUGAUGUUCUGAACAAGACGCAUCUCGAAGGAGUCAAAGAUGCCAAAGUUUUGUUCAACAGACUAGAAGAAAAAGAUUGCCUGAAUAUUGAAUUUAUUAAGCAGCUACUGCAGACAAUCCGACGGAUUGACCUCCUCAACUUGUUAAAGAUAAAGACACAGGAUGUGGAAGAAACUGAUGCAAAUCCUUUUGUCAAACUGUCAAAUUACAGGGUGAUGCUGUACCGUAUAUACGAUGAAACAACUGAAGAAACUGUCAAAAUGGUGAAGUUUCUUUUGCAGGACGAUAUUGGCAGGAGACAAUUGGAAGAAUGCAAUACGGUGCUGGACAUCUUUAUUGAAAUGGAAAAAGUGGGUUUAUUGUCUCAAUCCAAUCUGCACAAGCUACAUUUGAUCCUGAAGAAAGUGAACAUGCAACUGGCAUUGACUGUCCAGCAAUUUGAAAAAGCUGCAUCUGCCGAAGCAAGCAAUGCUUUCCAGAAUGGUGUGUCCCCAUCUGAGACUCAAUUCACCGGCGGCCAAUUUUCCUCAGAUAAAGACGCUAACAUCCAGCUUUUGUUGCAUUCUGAUCAGACAGAGUACUACCCAAUGGAUCACAUCCCUCAUGGUCUAUGCGUGAUUAUCAACAAUGAGGAAUUUUUGGACCUGACGAAAAGGGGUGGAAGUGACAAGGACACGGAGGCUCUUGGAUCACUGUUUGGUGAAUUUGGCUUUGUUGUGAAAGUCUUUCACAACUUGACUGCAAAAAAAAUGAAAAAUGAGCUAAGGACCAUUGCUACAAGAAAUUUUUCAAUGGAGGAUGCUCUGGUCGUGUGUGUCCUCUCCCAUGGGGAAAAUGGUUGUGUCUUUGGGAUUGACGGCGAAAAGGUUUCCCUACGAGAACUGACGAAGCACUUUACGAGUAAAUCAGCCCCAACCUUGGCAGGGAAACCCAAACUGUUCUUCAUCCAAGCGUGUCAGGGAAGUGCCUAUCAGACAGGAUCCUUGCCGUUGCCCUCAAACCCGAAUGAGGUGAAUGAUGUCAGAGAGAAUCAGGUGGAAGAGGAUGCGGGCCGCAUCGUUGAUGCGACGGUGGCCUCAGAUGCCGACUUCCUGCUGGGCAUGUCCACCGUGCAAAACUGCAAGUCAUUUCGAAAAACCACCACAGGUUCCAUCUACAUCCAGGAGCUUUGCAAGCAACUCAGACAAUCUGCUGAGAGUUGCAGUCAACGGAAGGAAGAUAUUCUCUCUGUCCUCACCCGUGUGAACCGGGAGGUCAGCAAAGGGGUUUAUCUUACCUACAAGCAAAUGCCCGAGCCCAAAUACACCCUCACUAAGACACUGAUCCUAAAGUUUGCUGGGGCCCAAGUGAAACAAUCCCAAAGUGUGCAGUAAUCCUUCGCUACUUCGCACUUCACCUAUCGCAGCCUCGCUCUAUCGCAGAUUUUUUUCUAAACAAAUAUUGUUUGUUUUAUGUCUCACUCACUCACUCACUUACUCUCUCACACGCACACACACAUUCACAUCGUCAUGUGGAGGAAUGAAGCACACAAGACAGGCAACAAGACAGGCAAGUGCACCCCUCCACCAUCAGGGACAUCGGGCGUCACUUGGAGCGUGUGGCUUUGUCUGACCAUAUGACACUAAUGGCCAAUGGGAACAUGUUGAGCUGUGUCCUUGCAGCUGAUUGGCUUAGCAGUUCUAACUACGAUUUAGCUCAGCCUACCGCACUAUCAACAUAUCAGACUUGCGCUUCAUCAUGGAAGUUUUUUUACAGUUUUUUUCCAUGUAUAAUGCGCCCCCAUCUAUAAUACGCACCCUAAAAAUGGCAUGUCGAUGCUGGAAAAAAGCCUGUACCCAUGUAUAAUACGCACCCAAAUUUUGACUCCUACUUAAGUCCGUAAACGUAAAAUUAUUUCAGAAAAAAGAUCAUCUUUGGGAACAACCGGAUGUUAUUCUGCCGGUCAGUAUCACUGCGCAUGCACUAGCAAACUCGAUAGCGAAGAAAUGUUUCGGAUUUGUGUAGGGUACAUUGUGACAGCAAACGAGCAGGUGAUCGAGCAAGCGUCUGAUACGAGAGCAUUGCGGUCGUAUGGAGCGUGUUUGAAGUGAACAGCAGAGAAGAAAGGAACAAGGCAAAGUGUUGUGAAAUAAAAUAUUACCUGUAAUAUGCAUUUAGGUAGAGAACUGAACUCUCGCUCUUUAUAUAGCUGACGUGUCUUGCGCAUCCGUUCUGCGCAUCUGUAAUGGCGGCCUCCGUAUGUUAUCAGGUUUGUGAUAGAGAUUAAAAAACAAACAAUAUUUGACAAUAACACACCAUCAAGGAUUGCACCAUCGCAUCAAACGAUGUGUCGUCAAUUAUGAAUUUUACUGACUGUGUUGGGCAGGAUGGCUGAAUGCGAUGCGCGAUUGACAACAAACAAGAAGAAAGGUGAUUUCAAGUUUUAUUUCGAGGGAGAUUUUCUUCAAAAAUUGUUCUACCAUGGUUUUCUUAAAAAAUAAUAAUAAUAAUUGUACCCAUGUAUAAUGCGCACACCAGACUUUAGGACAAUAAAUUAGUUAAAUUUUGCACAUUAUACAUGGAAAAAACGGUAAUUCGAGACUUUAGUGAAAAUGUUUACAAAAGUGUUUAAAUUGUUAGUGAGUAAAUAAGCCUGGUCAUCCUGAAAGAGGGAUCCUCCCAUCUGUGGACUCUUCUCAAGGUUUCUCAUUCAAGUAGGAGUUUUGAGUUUUCCCUUGCCCUCAGGAGAUCAGGAGAUGUUUGAGAGUAAUUUUCAAUUUUCGCACAUGUCCUGUUGUUAGUCACCUAAAUGUUGAACAGAAGCUGAGAUCUACCGGAGUCAAAUUCCUUGUUUGGCAUGCCCAAACAUGGCCAGUAAACUUCUUGAAUCUUGAAGAAUGUCUCUGAAAGUCAGCUUGUCUUUAACAUGUUCACAAAAGUGUUUACUAAAUAAUUAAUAAACAAGAAUGUUUCGUGACUUUAAAA